AUUCCUUCCCUCAUUGACUUUCGGAUGGAGGGGAGCUUCGUCACGCUUAGCCUAUUUAGGACAUCCUUUCCAGGUUCCGAAGCUUGUCUACUACAAGCAGCUAUCCAGACCAAUUGUCGACGCCUUCUCACAACCCCGCAUACUUACACAACCGCAAUUGCUACCAGCACUACCGCACGCCACCCUUGAUAUCAACUCUCUAUUAAGGACGGACAAGUCGUCCUUUACCUUCCCCUCUUUCCUUUUCAAAUGUACCAAGCUCUUCUGCCCUUGCCUGCUCAAGUCAGAAGAAUUAUCUGGAAACAGCUAUCCCUCCGGCAGACAUCCGCACCUUGCCUACAUAUACCAGCUGCAUACCAUUCCAAGACCUGCACGCCUGUGAGGGGAUCCCGAUUUGGAAGGUUCCAGUGCAGAUCGUUCGCUAGCACGACGUAUAAGAUGGGGGAUCUGAGCGUGGAACUUACGGCUCCCAAUGGGAGGAAGUAUAGUCAGCCUACGGGGUUGUUCAUCAAUAAUGAGUGGGUGAAGAGUAGUCAUGGGGCCAAGAUUACGAGUAUUAAUCCUACGUAUGGCUAUUGUUUCCUCCUAUUAUGGCGGUGUCUGACACGCUUUUAGGGAUGAAAGUGAGAUUGCAUCUGUCUACGCAGCAACCGCCGAAGAUGUCGACACCGCAGUUGCAGCUGCCCGAAAAGCCCUCAAGGACCCCGCAUGGCGCGAUAUAUCGCCUACCGAGCGAGGGGAUAUGCUAAUCACACUCUCCGACUUGGUUGCUAAGCACGCCGAAACACUGGCCACGAUUGAGACUUGGGAUAAUGGGAAGCCUUAUAAUGAUUCUUUGGAUGGAGAUGUAGCGGAAGUUAAGGGUUGUUUGCGAUACUAUGGUGGAUAUGCAGACAAAAUUCACGGCCAAACGAUUGAUACCGGACCCAAUAAAUUCGCCUACACGAUCAGGGAACCCGUUGGUGUAUGUGGACAAAUCAUCCCCUGGAACUAUCCCCUCGCGAUGGCGGCGUGGAAAUUGGGUCCUGCCUUGGCGUGUGGGAAUACGGUUGUGAUUAAGGCUGCGGAACAGACUCCCCUCAGUAUUCUCUAUCUAGCAAACCUGAUUAAGGAAGCGGGCUUCCCACCGGGUGUGGUGAAUAUUUUGAAUGGGCAUGGAAGAGAGGCGGGCGCGGCUAUUGCUACGCAUUUGGGGAUUGACAAAGUUGCUUUCACGGGCAGUACUGGGACUGGAAAGGAGAUUAUGAAGAUGGCGGCGGUGAAUAUGAAGAAUAUUACGCUGGAGACGGGAGGGAAGAGUCCGUUGAUUGUUUUUGAGGAUGCGGAGUUGGAGCAGGCUGUCAAGUGGGCGCAUAUCGGUAGGUUUUUUGACGGGAUUUCACUUUCUGCUUUCAGAUUUCAAUUUUCAACCCCCUUACCAUUAUUCUGCUUUCAAAACUUCUACGGGUACUAACUUCAACCAGGAAUUAUGUCCAACCAGGGCCAAAUAUGCACCGCAACAUCUCGUAUUCUAGUCCAAGAAUCAAUCUAUGACUCCUUUGUCUCCGCCUUCAAAGCCCAAGUCAAACAAGUCUCCGUAGUCGGCGACCCCUUCGCCCCAACCACCUUCCAAGGCCCCCAAGUAACCAAAGCCCAACACGAACGAGUCCUCUCCUUCGUAACCGCCGGUAAAGACGAAGGCGCAACCCUCGUUUCAGGCGGAGAGGCCUCCUCAGGCCCCACAGAUGGAAGAGGCUUCUUUAUCACGCCCACCAUCUUCACCAAUGUCAAACCUAGCAUGGAAAUCUACCGCGAGGAAGUCUUUGGACCAUUCGUCGUCAUUGCGACGUUCCGAACCGAGGAUGAGGCCCUGGAGAUGGCGAAUGAUACGACUUACGGCCUUGGGAGUGCGGUCUUCACCCAAGAUUUGACGAGGGCUCAUCGGGUUGCGAAGAGGAUCGAGGCGGGCAUGGUAUGGGUUAAUAGUAGUAAUGAUUCGGAUUAUCGGAUUCCGUUUGGGGGUGUGAAGCAGAGUGGUAUUGGGAGGGAGUUGGGCGAGGCGGGGUUGGCGGGAUAUACGCAGGUUAAGGCUGUGCAUGUUAAUUUGGGGAGUAGGCUUUAG